AUGUCGACUCCGACGCCCAUGAAGCACGCGCCGUCGCAGCAGGGCCGUACGCCCUCGCAGUUGGCGGCCGCGACGCCCCCCGUGUCAACGCCCUUUUCGAAUCCCGCCCACGCAGCCUUCUCCCCGCGAGGGCCUAAGUCGUCGCCUCAGCAGGUUAAGAAGUCGCCUGCGACGUCGGCCCUCAUGGGGCAGCCGGCUUUGGGCGCCUUUAACUUUGACAGCCCAUCGACGGCCGCUGCCAUGGGUGCACUAGGCAUAGGUGGCGCCUUCGACAUUGGACUCGAUAACAGCGUUGUCAACGGCCUCGACGCCAUUGGCGCCGCCCUAGCCACCGAAGACGACAAGCUAAAGCGUCUCGAUACCAUCUUAAAGACCUUGUCUAAGCAGGGCCUUGUGAGUGAGGCCGGCAUUGAGCGUCUCGCACAGCAGAUUGGGCUCGAGCUCCUGUCCGAAGAGCAGACCACCGCCGACGGCCGCAAGACGAGGACCUUGGCUAUUGCCGGAUCUGCCAUUGCCUUGGACAUUGUACUCGACAACAACAUUGUUCAAAGCAUCUCGCUUGCCUACCACGGCUCGGCCCCGGCCGUGUCGCGCCACAUGGACGACGCUGCGCAGAUACUGCUUCGUGACUUGCAGCUGCUCCCAGGCCAAAGUCCGCUGACCAAGAGCUUGGGAGGCUUUGCUUCCAACUUUGGGCGCCUGGCAACCCUAGACAAGCUCAGCAUCGUCCCCGGCCUAGAUUGCCACGAGGCGCUAUCGGGCAUCUACGUCAGCCUACAACGGCUGUACGACUGGGACUUGUCCAAGCUGCGGGAACAAGCGAGCAUGGCGGGCAAGUCCGACAGCUACGUCGCGGCCAUGGCCAUGUGUGCGCGACACGGCCGUCCUGUCAUGCACGCGCGCGGCAAGGUUGGCCUGGCACUUCAGUACUGGAAGCAACUGCGGUUCGUUCCCCCAGCUUCGGACGCCAUGUCUGCCUUUGCAGACGAGCACGAGAAGGUCUGGUCUUUGCUCCUCGGGUGCGCUCCCAUCGAAGGCAUGGGGCUCCCCCCUGUUAGGGUUUCAGAGAACUGGAUCUCCAAGGCCAUCGUCAAGGACGAGCCGUCGCUGGAUCCCAGUGGCAUCCCCUUGGAUUGGCAGGAGCCCGAAAACAUCUCUUUACCCCAAUCCGAGGAGAACAAGGACGCAGGCAUGGAGAUGCUGCAUCCCGAUCUAUCGACGACGCGCGUGCCCCGGGUCAUGUUCACCGUCACCUUCGACCCUCCCGUUAUGCUCCCGCAAAACGACUGGGCGCGACUGUACAUGAUCGCCAACAUUGAGCCGCCCAACAUUGAGAUGAGCAAUAGAGGCGGCCCACCGACGUUUGACAGUCUUCUGUUCCCCAUACCUGCUGGAGUUAAGGUCGAUCCUAGUGAGGUUCGCACGCUGUCGCGUCGGCGCGAGGUGUUAGUUUACGGCCAGGACGGCACGGCCACCACUCGCGUGCACAGAAACAUCCUUUACAUCUACAAACCCAUAUACUCACAGACCGUUUCGGAAAUGCCCUUCUCUCAUCCGCGACAGCUCAUUGACAUGAUGCCCCUGCUACGGCAAUACGCAUUCCUCUCCACACUCCUCAACAGCAGCUUUGGCGCCACGACUGAACCGUCGGCAUCAGUCAAAGAAGAUACUACCAAGUCGAACAAGGACCAGGGCAAAGGCAUGUCAACAACGACUACGACCCGAGAUCAAUUGGCAGACUUUUUCGGUAAUGACGAACCUGCCGCCGCGAAAAGCAAUGAAGCCAGCACCGAGGCGAGCAGCGACGCAGGCAGCGACGCCCAGCUGGACGUCAUUCUCUGGGUCCACCCGUCGCCGCACCUGCAGAUCGUGUUCCCGCUGAACACCUCGACAGCAGACGUUACCCUCAAGAUCCGUGAGGGGGGGACAGUGGAAAUCGUCGAGGACAACAUCACGACGUCUAGUGGUUCUGAGGCAGCCGGCAAGGGCAAGGGCAAGCAGUUAACGAGAGAGACGCUGGGCAGGGCCCUAGAGCACCUCGAGGACUUGUGCAAGUGGGCAGAGUGGGUUCGCACACGCUACUGA